CGGGCCAUGGGGCUCAGUGGGGGACAGUCUGGGCUGCUGAUGCCACCGUUGCUGCUGCUGAUCUGCCUGCAGCUGGGGACAGGCCUGGAGCGCAUCCACUAUGUGCCCCAGCUCUCAAGUGCCACGCUCGCGGGGACACUCACGCAGUCCACCUUCACGCUGGAGCAGCCGCGAGGCCAGUUCAGUCGCCUCAACAUCUCCGACUUCGACCCCAUCUGGCUGGUGGUGGCCCACAGCAACGCCUCCCAGAACUUCAUCGCCCCACGGAGGGUGGAGGACACCCCAGUCCCUGCCGACUUCCCCCGGAAGGGCUACUACCUCACGCUGAUGGCCAACCGGGCGCUCUAUCCGGGGAGCCAGCCUGGCAACCAGCUCCGGGUCCUCCGAGUGGGCAAUGACACUGGCUGCUCCCCAACCACAAGGGGCUGCAACCACCCCCUGCCAGGCCCAGGUCCCUACCGAGUGAAGUUCCUGGUGAUGAGUGACAGAGGACCCGUGGCUGAGACAGAGUGGUCCAGUGACACCCGUCUGCAGCAAGCUGAGGCACUCCAGACUACCCCAGGGCUCCAGAGCGCGGGUACAGUGGUCAUCAUUGCCAUCCUGUCAGUCCUGCUGGCUGUCCUCCUCACGGCCCUCCUUGGCCUGCUCAUCUACACCUGCUAUGACACCUGUGGGAGCACCCCCAUUUCGGGACCAGGGGAGUUGGCGUUCAUGAGAAGAUAUAACCCCCACCACAUGUUCAGCCGUCCAGCUGUGGGGGGCUCCUGAGUGGCUCCAAGGGGCUCCCCUCUAUCCCUCAACCUCCUCCCUGGUCCAGGCUGCAGAGCCCGGGCUGGGAGCAUGUCCUGCAGCUUCUGGACCUCAGAAAUAAAUGUC